AAUAUGCGUUAAACUUGAACCAAGCGGGCGACAUUCGGAGGCACGUCUGUCUCGACUUUCUAGAACUCUCUCUCUCUCCCAACUCAAUCCGCCGUUGAUCCCAAUUGGUUUAGAUCGCAUCUUCAGCCCUCCCGUUCCCGAGGAGAGAUCUUCCACCUGAAAGCAAUGUGAUCGUCGAUCGUCUUCUUUUCAAAGCAUCAGAGCAACGAGAUUGCAUUAUUUGUGCUGCGUUUGUCGUGUUCGUCCGUUGGAUUAUCACUCUCUUGGAUGAAUUAAUCGAGGUUUUUCUGGCGGGAGCAGUGAAAUGGACGGUAUUCAUGCGAGCGAUGGACGGAUGCAUAUGAGUCAUGCACAGCAUUCGAUGCACACACAAUCUGUGCAAGAACAGGAACAUCAUGACUUGCAUUACAUGAGUAAUGGGAAUGGAAUGGCCGAUGAGCAUGAAAAUGAAGGUCACGGUAUCAUGGUUGUGGAAAGGGAAGCUCCAUCCGACCAUGGUGAUCUUGCCGAGAAUCGUGGUGUAAUGGUGGAUCGAGGAGGCGAUAACUGCGAUCAGCUUACCCUGUCAUAUCAGGGUCAAGUUUAUGUUUUCGAUUCUGUCUUGCCCGAAAAGGUUCAAGCUGUGUUAUUAUUAUUGGGAGGUCGCGAAGUACCUUUGCGUGUUCCCUCAAUCCCAAUAACUAAUCAACCAAAUGAUAGGCAUCUCACUGAUGAAGCAUUUAACCAGGCACUUGCCAUCCCCCCACGUCUAAGUGUCCCUCAGAGAUUAGCUUCUUUGAUUAGAUUUCGUGAAAAGCGAAAGGAACGUAAUUUUGACAAGAAAAUUCGGUAUACAGUUCGUAAAGAGGUAGCACUUAGGAUGCAGCGUAAUAAAGGUCAGUUCACAUCUUCCAAACCCAUUCAUGAAGAUUCAUUAUCGGCCACAACAAGUUGGGAAUCAAAUGAGACUUGGUGCUCUGAUGGAAAUGGAUCCCAUCAACAAGAAAUUCUCUGUCGACAUUGUGGUAUUAGUGAGAAGUCUACACCAAUGAUGCGACGUGGACCUGAUGGGCCAAGAACCCUUUGCAAUGCUUGCGGACUCAUGUGGGCAAACAAGGGAACUCUGCGGGACCUCUCAAAAGCACCAAACCAGGGUGGACAAGCUUCAAGCUUCAAUAGGAAUGAGAAUGUUGUGCAGAAUGGAGAUUCUGAGUCCAACCCAAAAAGUGCAUAGGAAUUGUGACAGGUGUUUAUGAUUGCUGUUUCGAAAUUUAGCAAAAUCAUACAAGCUUAAUUUCUCCCACAGAUUAGUUUGAAACGGAUUAAAAACUUCUCAUCGAUGGCUAUGAAUCAUGAAUCCCAUCCAUCGACAGAGACCCUUGUGGCCAAUUCAUCUUGGAAACGACGGUAUCGUGGACGUGUACUAAUUUAAUAGCUCUUCUUAUCAUAUUGUGAACCAUUUCAACAUGUCAAAAUUCCUAGAAUCUUGUAAGUUAGCAUUUGCUGCGCUUGUACAAUGGCAUGGUCAUUUUAAUCCAUUUCAUUUUUGUCCAGUA